AACAAUUUUUGCCAAAAUAUAUUAAAAUGCCUCUAAGAAAGGUAAUGAAGGGUAUACCCCUGGACCCGCUGCCAGCUGAAGGAAUUCUAUAUAGGGAUGAAGAUGCACUUACCACCUGCCAACGAGAGUGCGUGGCCAGAGUUGGUACGACCCUUCAAUUGGAGCAAGAGUCGUAUCUUUCCAGACAUCCAGAGAUACGGGCAACAUUAGAGAUGUUUGUUAGUAAAAUGACCAGAGAAAACAAACGGAAAGGUAUUUUAAAGGAAGCAGCGGAAUAUUUUACGAAACCAACAGAAGAACUUGAAUCUGACAUCAAAGAACACCUCAACAUUUCGGAAGGAAGUUCUUUUAUUAAGAAAGACGCCAAGCAAUUCAAAUAUAAUGACUUGAAGCUGAUAGAUGAUAUUCAGAAGAUUAUCAAUACCAAUUAUCCCGGAGAGCCGUUCAGAAUUGCGACACCAGACGCCUCCACUAUUAAUACGGCAUCUUCAUCUUUUGUAUCCAUUGCCACCUCUGACACCACGUUACCAACUCCAGAGCCGAUACCAACCCCGGAACCAACACUUUCAGAAACAUUAUUUUCCCUUGUUUCUAAUACCGUUGAUAAAGCAAUAUUUCUUCACGUUGACGAACCAGCCCUUCGCUACGAUACGGCUUAUGUAGAACUAAAAAAAGCCGUCGAAGAAGCUAUGGAAAUACCUGUUAUUGAAAUCAAGGAAGAUAUUGCUGAGUUAUACUAUAAUUCAUAUAAAAUGUUUGAGCUCAAUAUCUUGGAGAAGGAACGUAUCACCGCUGAAAUCGCCUGGGAGAAAAGAAUGCGCAAGAAAUUGAAGAGAACACUUAGGCGUCAGAAUAAUUUUAAAGGGUAUGAGACUCCACCUACACCUAAAAGUGUCCUUUCGUCGCACGAGAGUUAUAAAAAGCCGCCGCCGCGUCCGUGUGUUUGCCACCCACAAUUCUCUUAUAAUCGUUACCCCAAGGAUCGAUUUGGGAUAUACCUGCCAAGACAGGCAGGUUAUAGUGAGGGUAAUAUCACGGUAACACCAGCCGUUUCUAUAGAAAGCCUAGUUGAUGAAAAUGCGGACACUAAGUCAAUAAUAAGUAAGAAGUCCGCAGUUUCUGGGAAAAGUACAGUCAGUAAGAAAAUUGGUUUUAAAGAGUGA